UCUGGGCAGAUAUGAGGUGCGCGUGUGAAGUCUGUGUUGCAGACGGAGCGAUGCGAGCAGCUGUGAUUCCGCGCGCUUGUUUGCGAGCUGAAUGAAAACGCGCGCUGGACAAAACUGAGGGGAUUACACUUCUCAAUAUGACGCCAACGCGUCACAGGAUCAUACUGAUUGGUGUUGUGACAGUGUGUAUGAGCCUAUUGUUCCUGUACAACAACAGUUCUGCCAACACACCAGACAAUCAGAAUCAAUCAGAUGAGCAUCAGAUGAAAGACAUGAGAGAGCAAACAUCCGACUUAAAAGGUUACAGCAGUUUCAUUGAUCAAAAGCCUCUUAGGAUGCAUUGCAAAUGUUGUGCCUUAGUGACCAGUUCUGGUCACAUGAUAGGAAGUGAUCGAGGUGCAGAGAUUGACCAAACUGAGUGUGUUAUCCGUAUGAACGACGCCCCAACACAAGGCUAUCAGCAAGACGUUGGGCAGAGGACGAGUCUCCGCGUGGUUGCACAUUCCAGCAUGCAACGUGUGCUACGAAACCCCCACCAACUGUUCAACUCCAGCCUGGAGACGUUCUUUUUCUUCUGGGGCCCUGGAGACUACAUGCGGCGGGAUGGCAUCCUGCGUCGGAUGAAGCAGAUGAUUCCUAAACUACAGGUGUACAUCAUCUCACAGUUAAAGAUGCUGCAGCUUGAUGAACUCUUUAAGAAGGAAACCGGAAAAGAUAGAAGAGGAUCCAAUUCCUGGCUGAGCACGGGGUGGUUCACCAUGGCAAUCGCUAUAGAGAUCUGUGAUAGGAUCAACGUCUAUGGGAUGAUUCCCCCUGAGUUUUGCACGUCCUCCAACCCAGAGCCUCCAGUGCCAUAUCAUUACUAUGAGCCUGCUGGGCCAGAUGAAUGUACCAUGUAUCUCUCCCACGAACAGGGCCGCCACGGCAGCCACCAUCGCUUUAUCACAGAAAAACGUGUCUUUGCCAACUGGGCACGUAUGUUCAAUAUACACUUCUACCAACCAGACUGGAGACCAGCAAAUGUCGCUCAGAACCACACAGUCUCCUGACAUUCAGCCAGUUCAGAUCCAGAAACGUGGGUGCUGUUUGUGGAUAUCUGUGCAUCUGUUUGGAGUCUGGAACCUGUUGGUCACUUUGAGAAUAACUUGUUUUAUACUUUGUUGCCUAACAGGUUAACUUGAAAAUCUUGAAUACGUUUUGCGCCUUGUAGUGCUCCUUCAUGUGGCUUUAAACAUCAAGGACUAUUUUAUACUACAGUAAGCUACUUUUCAGAUAUGCCAUGAAGGUUCUUAAAAGCACCUUUAACAUCUGAAGAACCUUUCUGCUUCAUAAAAGAUUAUUUAAGGUGAAAAAAGGUUCUUCAGAUUAUGAAAAUGUAUUAACUCAUUCCCCGCCAGCCUUUUUUUUUAAAGUUGCCUGCCAACAUUUUUUGUGAUUUACACAAAAUUCCAUCCAGGAAAAUUUUCUUCUAUAAAUAUCAAAUUAAAGAACAGAUUUUCUGCUUUCAAACAAAUAAACAAAAAGGGGAAAAACUUUCAUAUAUCUUCAUUUGUUCUCUUUUUAUAACCUCUUAAAUAUGAGUAGGUUUCUUCAAAAAUACCAAAAAGCUGACAAAAAUGCAUUUUUAAUUAUCAAAACAUACACAGAGUUUAAAAGGUUGCUAAAUUAGUUUUUGCUCCAGUUUUUUAAUUAUUAGGUAAGAGUACCAUCUAGUGGAUAAUAGCGGAUUACAGAUUAUCAUAAAAACUCGUCAAGAAAGCGUUUUCAUUGGCGGGGAAGUGUUUUCUCUUAAUUGACGAGAUAAUUUGUCAAUGGCGGGGAAAGAGUUAAAGGGAUACUUCACUUUAAAAUGAAAAUUCUGUCAUCAUUUACUCAUCCUCAUGUUGUUCUAAACCUGUAUAAAUUUUUCUGAUGAACAGAAAAGAAGAUAUUUGAGAAAUAAUGGUAAACACACAGCAGAUAGUGACCAUUGAGUUCCAUAGUAGGAAUAAAAAAAAUGAUUGAAUUUAAUGGGUACCGUCAACUGUGUGCUUACCAUCAUUUAUCAAAAUAUUUUCUUUAUCAUUCAUCACAAUACUUCCAAAAUAUUUUUUUCCUACCAUGGAAGUCAAUGGUCACUAUCUGCAAUGUGUUUACCAUCAUUUCUUAAAAUAUCUUCUUUUGUGUUCAUCAGAAAAAAGAAAUUUAUACAGGUUUUCAUUUUAAAGUGAACUAUCCCUUUAAGAACUGGUUCUUUGUGGAACUAAAAAGGUUCUUCUACGGCAUCCCUGUAAAGAGCCUUUAAGCUCCUUUAUUUUUAAGAGUGUAGACUUUUUUGUUUUAUAUACUUUGAUUUAUUUUGAUUUUAACUGAAAAACUGUUGUACAGUUUUAAACUAACCUGUUAUCACUUACAGCACAUAGGCUAUUUUCCUUAUUUAGUUUCCCUAAAUUACUCAUUUGAUAUCUGGGUUACACUGUUCCCCAUGUGUAAUUUUAGACAUAAUGCGUACAAGCGUGAUCAUUUAUGCCACUUAUAGUGUCAAGCACAUAAUGUUAGUGAUUUCUAGCAGCAUCCAAAUGGCGCCACUUAAAAACUGGACAUUUUCCAAAUAACACUUUUAUCAUAUAAACUCAUUGGAUUUGUUUGUGUAUGUGAAAAGACAUUUAUCUCUUAAAUUAAGAUGUAAUACUGUAUGUAAAUAUGCAAAUGCUUUUGAGGAAAUGGUUUGAAUGCAUAAUUAUCAACAUGAUUUUAUUAAUUUGAUCUUUUACA